AUGUGGCUAUUUCGUCACAAAUAUAAUGUGGAUGGUUCUCUACAGCGACACAAGGCACGUCUUGUUGCUAAUGGUAAAUCUCAGCAGGUUGGAGUUGAUUGUUUUGAAACCUUUAGUCCGGUUGUCAAACUUGCUACUAUUUGUACUAUUCUUACUAUUGCUACUUCGCGUUCUUGGCCAAUUCAUCAACUAGAUGUUAAGAAUGAUUUUCUCCAUGGUGACCUGAUUGAGACAGUUUACAUGCAUCAGCCUCCGGGAUUUGUUGAUUAUGAUCACCCUGAUUAUGUUUGCCGACUACGCCGAUCCCUAUAUGAUACGGCAUAUUUACUGCUAUAUGUAGAUGAUAUUGUUUUGACUGCCUGUAACAAUGCUCUACUACGCCGAUUCAUUGAUCUAAUGAAACGGGAAUUUGCCAUGUCUGAUCUUGGGCCGCUACAUCAUUUUCUGGGUAUUACUGUCACUCGAUCAUCUUCAUGGUUAUUUUUAUCUCAGUCAGUUUAUGCUCAGGACAUCAUUGCUCGCGCCUUAAUGACACAAUGUAACCCAGUGUCUACUCUGGUCGACACCAACUCCAAGCUUAGUGCAACUUCAGGUCCUGCAAUUAAGGAUCCAACUCUAUACAGAAGCCUGGCUGGAGCGUUACAAUACCUCACAUUCACCCGACCAGAUAUUUCAUAUGAUGUUCAACAGGUAUGUUUAUUCAUGCACGACCCACGAGAGCACCACAUGCAAGCCCUCAAGCGAAUCAUCCACUAUCUUCAGGGAACCAUUCAUCACGGCUUGUUUCUCUCUGUCUCCACUACUACUGGUUUGACGGCAUACUCUGAUGCUAACUGGGCGGGAUGCCCUGACUCUCAUCGAUCAACCUCGGGUUACUGCGUUUUUCUUGGUGACAACCUCAUUUCUUGGUCAUCCAAACGUCAGGAUACAUUUUCUCGAUCCUGUGCUGAAGCUGAAUACCGGGGGGUGGCAAAUGUUGUUGCUGAAACUACUUGGCUUCGCAACCUCCUUCUAGAGAUUCGUCUUCCUCUACGACGUGCUACUAUUGUGUAUUGUGAUAAUGUAAAUGCGGUUUAUAUGUCUGGAGACCCUGUCCAACAUCAGCGCACCAACACAUGUGGAAAUACACUUUGUACGUGA